GAUUCGGAGGGAUAUGAGUUGUAGUGUAAAUCAAAAAUCUGCCUCCCCCAGAACGCUGCUUCCUGCGUCCCACUUUGCUCUCUCGGGGGGGCUGGGAGGAAGGGCCCUGAUGGCCCUGUGGAGACUCAGGGCAGGAGUGCACUUGGUGGAGGGGGGGUUGGCGCAAGAGUUGGCCUGGUUCCAGGCAUAGGACUAGGAAGGGACCCAGCCCUCCGAGUGACCAUUCUAGUUUGACAGGGGACUGUAUAUGACACCAGUGUCUGCUCCUCCCCAGAUGGAGGUACAGAGGGCUUUGGAGCGGCUGCACAUGACAAUUUUCUCCCAGAGUGUUUCCCCCUGUGGCAAGUUCUUAGCAGCAGGGAACAACUACGGGCAGAUUGCCAUCUUCAGUUUAUCAGCUGCUUUGAGCUCAGAGGCCAAAGAGGAAAGUAAGAAGCCAUUGGUGACCUUUGUAGCCCAUGAUGGACCAGUGUACAGCCUGGUCUCAACAGACCGACAUUUGCUCAGUGCAGGGGAUGGUGAAGUGAAAGCCUGGCUUUGGGGAGAGAUCAUAAAGAAGGGCUGUAAGGAAGUAUGGAGCCGACACCCCCCAUACAGGCUGACCCCAUUUGCCCUUCCAAACAGGAGCAGCCUAGAAGUUCCUGAAAUCAAUGCUUUGCUGCUUAACCCUAAGGAGAAUUCCCUCCUCUUGGCAGGAGGUGACUGCCAACUUCAUACUAUGGAUCUGGAGACCGGGUCAUUCACACGUGCCCUUCGAGGUCACACUGAUUACAUUCAUUGUCUGGCUCUUCGGGAAAGAAGUCCUGAAGUGCUGUCUGGGGGUGAAGAUGGCACAGUUCGUCUUUGGGAUCUUCGUACAGGUGAGGAAGUUCAGACCAUUGAAGUUUACAGACAUGAGGAGUGUGCCAGACCCCAGAAUGGGAAAUGGAUUGGAUGUUUAGCAACUGACUCGGACUGGAUGGUAUGUGGAGGAGGCCCUGCUCUUACCCUUUGGCACCUUCGGUCUGCCACACCCACAACAGUGUUUCCACUUAGGGCUCCACAGAAACAUGUAACCUUUUAUCAAGACCUGAUCCUCUCAGCAGGACAGGGACCCUGUGUGAACCAGUGGCAGCUGAGUGGGGAGCUGAAAGCCCAGGUACCUGGCUCCUCACCCAGCCUACUUAGUCUUAGCCUCAACCAGCAGCCUGCUGCACCAGAGUGCAAGGUUCUGACAGCUGCAGGAAAUAGCUGUAGAGUUGAUGUCUUCACUAACCUGGGAUAUCGAGCCUUCUCCCUCUCCUUUUCUUGACCCUCUUCUCCAAACUUCCCCUUCCCCAUUUGUUAGGAUCUACUUUAUUAAUAAAAAAAAAAAAUGAAAACCA